CUCUUCCCUUUCAGCUUGGGAGCGCGCAAUUGGAGGGAGGAAGAGAGGGGGGCAGCGGGGACGCGCUUUCCGUGUCUGGUUAGUGGACUGACAGCCAGCUGUGCGGCUACAACGACAACAACAACCUCCUGGAUUUGCUACUAACAACUAGAUUAGUGUUGGUCUGCUACCGAUCAUAAUCGUACACUAUAGCUAGUUUUUGAAAGUGACUACUCGACAGCACAUUGCUAUAACCAGUAUCAUCGGCGGUUUCUGUGCUAACUAGCUAGAAGAGCAUUCCUCCAACAUGAAUCCGUUGUGUAGCAGAUGUAAUCUAGUCGUUUACCCCACGGAAAAAGUGAAUUGUCUGGACAAGUACUGGCAUAAAGGAUGCUUCAGCUGCGAGGUCUGCAAAAUGACUCUAAACAUGAAGAAUUACAAAGGCUUCGAGAAGAGACCAUACUGCAAUGCACACUACCCCAAGACAAACUUCACCUGUGUGGCUGACACUCCAGAGAACCUCCGCCUCAAACAGCAGAGCAAGAUGCAGAGCCAGGUUCUCUACAGGGAGGAUUUUGAGAAGAAUAAAGGGAAAGCUUUCCAUGUGGUCACAGACACGCCAGAGUUGCAGAGAAUUAAGAAAUCGCAGGACCAAAUCAGCAAUAUUAAGUACCACGAGGAGUUUGAGAAGAGGAAGAUGGGAGGAGAGGCCCCACAGCAGCCGAGCAACCCCUCUUCAGCAGCUUACCAGCCCCCUGCAGCCUCUCAGAACUACAACUAUGAGCCUGCUCCUGAACCAGCGCGCCAGGCGGCUGCCGCCCCACCUCCAAGUGCUGGGAAGCGGUACAGGGCCGUGUAUGACUACUCUGCCGCCGACGAGGACGAGGUGUCCUUCGUGGACGGGGACGUGAUCGUUGACGUGCAGCAGAUCGACGAGGGCUGGAUGUACGGCCGCGUGGAGCGCACUGGCCAGCAGGGCAUGCUGCCUGCCAACUACGUGGAGGCCAUCUGAGUGAGAGGGAAAGAAAAAAGAGGGAGAGAAAAAGGAGGAGGAGGUAGAGAAAGGGAGGGAAAGAAGGAAAGGAAAAGCCCAGUGCCAUCUCAUCUUAAUGCCGCUUUCUCUUGAUUUUACUCUUGUUCCCUAAUCUGUCCUGUGAGACCCUGAACCCCGCCCCCCCCAACACCACCCCGCCUCUUCUGCAUCCCUGCUCUGCUCUCACUGUUCAGCUCGCUAACCACAGACUUUCUCUAACUGUCCGUCUGUCUCUCUCUGUCUGUCUGCCUGCCUCUCUGUCCGUCUGUUUGUCCGUCUGUCUGUGCUGAUGUCCGUCUCUGUUUGGAUGUCCGUCAUCCUCUUUACCUUUUUCCCCCCAAUCCUGGCUCCACUCUCGUGCUGUCACAAGUGGAAAUCGAAAGUCUUAAAAAGAUAAACUCACAGUUCAUUGAAGUAUGUCAGGGGUCACGCCGUGUCACACAGCUCCAUCCUAGCUAUAGCACUUAAACAAUCAUCAUGCAAAAGUAAAGAAGAAAAAAAAAAAAUGUAAAAAGCCCUUUUCCCCACAAGUCCGUCAACACGUGGUUUCCAUGGCAGCCGACAGCUGCAGACGUUAUUCUGUGGACGAAAUAAGUUUGCAGUGUGGGUGGGUGUGGCAUUUUCAUAGGCCUUUUUGAUUUGUUUUUUUUUUUUUCUUUCUUUAAUUUUGCAGCGUGAUCUUGGCCAGACUGGAAACACAGUGCAGAAUCUCAGUCUAUCAAAACUAAGCUUGAAUAUUUUGACUUGUGUACAUUCCUUUAACCUCUAACCCUGUUGCUGUUGCAUCAAUCAGCCAGUUAUCAGUCUUAACAGAGAGGUUUUUAUUAUAUUUAUAGAUAGACACGCAUUUUUGCCAUUGUGUGCUCAACUAGGCACCCUUGUGUUCAGCACUGCAUUGUGGGUAUUGUUGUGAAACUGGAAUCGUAGCCUAACUGAAGAGCACCUCCUGUCGUUGCCUCACUCAGGCACGUCGCGUACAGGAGGGAUCAGGGACAAGUUAGGGGACAUUAUCAGUCCAUCUCCUACGGCCACACUGAAUAUCACAUCACCUCAGCUGGUGUGGAUAUACAGUAUAUACACCGCUAUUCCUAUUUUUUGCAGCCUGAAUGCCUUCAGUCCUGAGAGAAUCACAAAGUUAUGGUGAUCAAGGCUAAACUGUUUGUUGGAGAACGGAGACGGGAACAGGUCGAGUCCUUCCCCUUUGCUACAAAAUCACCAUCAAAGAAAACCCAUUUAUAAAGGAGGAGGCCAAGCACAACUCUAUAUUGUGAAUCUUUUCUUCUUUUUUUUUAAUUUUAAAUUUAUUCCACUGUUUUUGUGAGUGAACAUUCCAGUCUUUCUUUCCAUGAGAUGUGAGUGAAAUUGUUGAAUCCUCGGCUGUGGUAAAUGUUGUUGUUUUUUUUGUUUGUUUUUUUUUCCUCAUGCUGUUCUUCCUUUGCCUUUAUUGUUAUUGUAAGAUGCUUAUUUUGAAAGAAAAAAAAAUUCAGUGUAUUAAAUGAAUAAACAAACCAGCAACUCAAUUUAUGAACCAAGGCAGAGGAAUUUAUCUAGACUUGUGCGGUCACAGUAUUAGAUUAGUCACGGGUUUAAUCAACCUGCAGUUUCAGGUCAGAACAAAGAUGGCCGCCUGUUGGAAAAAAUCAGCUGAACGCCUGCUCGGUCAAGCCAGAUUGUUAUUAUUAUAUCUCCAUUAUGCUGGAGCUAAUGAGUCUCUAAUAAGAGUAAUGUUACGGGAUGACAUUUAUAAAUAUCCGUGAAAGGAACUUUUACCAGAUGCUCUGGUCAGUGAAUAAAACAUCAGGCCUGCAUGUCAGAACCAGGCAAUUUUUUUCUGGUCCUCCUGGCAGGUAAAUCUGGUAAAAACCAGUGAAUUAACAUAUAUAAACCGCCGCCAACCAGCUUUAUCAGCAUUUGCUUGGUGGUGGACACAAAGAUGUAAGGACGGUUGGUUCAUAAACACACAAUGAAGCAUUUCAGUUGCUGACUAUUACACAGCAAUGCUGUAUCCUCUUUUCGCUCGAGAUACCGUAGUGCUGCGAGGACCUUAUCAGACUAUAAAAAUGAUAUUUGACCAUUUCUCAGUGGUGUAAAUACUCAUCGGCCCCUGACCAUACACACACACACCUCUUCGCCUUUUUUCUCACCAUUUUCAUCCUCUUGUGAUGCACUGUGACCGUCACAGACACGAGCGAUCAGGGUGGUGCGUUUUUAGGUGGGGUCGAGGGCGGGGGCCAACAAAUUUUCAGCUUUAUUAAAACAAACAAGGCUCUCGCUAUGUAGCUAAACGACAUUGUAUAAUUGUAUAUGUAUCAUAAAGGUGAAUUAGGGAAAAUGUUUUUUACAGGUCAUGGUGCUCUGGGAUGUGGCUUGCCUGCAGAUAAAAAUUAAAGCGGAUCAUAUUUUUUUGUGAAUGUGGCUGAGGGGAAGUAAUGUGAUUUUAAAAAAGAUGACUCAUGGAGAGAAAAAGAAGAAAAAAAAAAAAAAAGUCCAGUGUGGUGCAAGUUGUCCGUUGGUGUUGAUGAACAUUCAUACAUUUUGCAACUCUAAUGUGAUGAAUUGUGACAGUGCUGAUGAAAAUAAUCACUGAAUCAGAAUUUAAAAAAAACAAUAAAAAAACACCUCAAACACAUUUGCCAAACAAAAUGACUAUACACACUGUAUGUAUGCCUGUAUUUUGGAUUAACCUCUACUUGACAACAGGACAAUUUUAUUUGCAAAGCAGAUGCUAGAUUGGAAAGCUGUUUUAGAGCUCACGGUUGUGUUUCUCUCUCGAAGAAGAAGAAGAAGAAGUGGUGGUUUGGCUUGAAGUGAAAUGAUGAUUGUUGUUCCUGGCUUAUGAUGUUUGCUCAAAUUUUAUUUAAUAACAAAGCUACUCACACCGAUAGCCUCCGUUACUCUGUGGAUUACAUCUGAUUCAAACCUUCUUUUGUCGCGAGGUUGUUGCGUUGUGGAUGAAAUGGAGAAAAAAAAAAGAAGUGGCCAAAGACAGCCAGCGUUGUGUAAGUGUGGCUCAGGGUGGAUUUGUUAAGGCAAAGUCAAAUUUGAGCAUGUCGAUGAUGUAAGUGUGUGUCGGGCUUGGGGGGUUACAGAGGGCGGAGAUCUGAUCUCUCUCAAUCUCUUUGGCUGUGAGGCAAGGCAAGUUGUUUGUCUGACCUGAAUAUUAGUCAGGAGUUAACCUCUAUUCGCCAAAUAAUGGCUCUACCGCUCUGGCAUCACUCAUCUAUCUACUGAACCGUGACGUCAUAUCAUAACCCUGUUUCCAUUCCGUUUCUAUCUAGUAUCCUGUCCACCCCCUUCUGCUGACGUCCCUCUUUUCCUUCAGCCUUCGUCGUAGGCUGCCGCGCUUCUGAUGAAUCAUUCCCUGCUUCUAUGAUACUGGUUAUAUACUGUAGACUUUGCAGAGUGAAAUCAUGUAAUCCACAAUCGCAGGUUUAGCAUUCGAACCAGUUUUGUGCAUUCCAUCUUAAAAUUGUUUUUGUUUUUGAUAUAAUUUUGUUAUUUUUUAAAUAAAAAAAAAUAAAGAUACCAUAUGCAUAAUGACAUACUUGUGUAUUCGAUACUCGGAAUACAUACUCAGAUUUAAGGACCUGAUAUCAUCUCCUGUUGCCCUGUUACAGCACUUCAAAUUGUACUUAUGAUUCUGCAGAUUCAAUAAAAUGUCAUUUUUCUCA